AUGAUGCUGAUGCUGUGCUGUGCCACGGUGACCGAGGCCUGUCUGCAGUGUGACCGCAAGAUUGUUAACACGCAUGAUGACUUUUCCCUGUCCGCCUCCUCUAUGGAAGUACAGAUCAACCUGAAAUUGAUUAUUCAGGAAUCUUAUAAUAGGUACAAGACAACAAGCCAGGAAAGGAUGGGUGUCAUCGACCCAACCACGCUGUACAGAAUCAAAACUGAGUACCUGAGUGAAUUUGAUCGUUCCCUGAAAACAAAUACUGGAUCUCCUCAUACAAAAUUGAUUCGUAUCAUGAGCGACGGCAAUAAGAUGUUAGAAAAACACUUGAAUAAGUUCAUCAGUGAAAGAUUGUGCCCCAAUGAAUGUGGGCUCUUGAAAAGACGUGUAAUGGAUUGCAUGUCAUGCAAGUACAAGAUCUACAGCUGUCCAUCUCCGUCCGGCAAAGUGGAUUGUGGUGAAUACCCACUGGAGGCAGAAGAGGGAGGGCAGGCAGUACUGGACUGUUUCCAACCAUGGCAUUCUCUUCUGCUCGGCAGCAGAGAGUACCACUACACUUGGGCCCCUGCUGUGGAAGGAGACACAAAGUUCGAUGAGAGUGACUUUAGAAAUGUGGUAGUGAUGGAGGACUCAUUCUUGGUGUUAAAUCAGCUCCACCUGAGUGAUCAGGGGACGUACCGAUGCUUGCUGGCGGGCCAAGAUGGCACCGUGUUCUACCAAGUUGCAUUCCCUCUCACUGUCACUCCAAGGCCAACCCAAACGCCUCGACCUUCCGUUACGCUGCCUGCACCGGCUCCUGAAGACCACGAGUCACUUUUUCAAUUUUCCGGGGGUGUGUUGGUGACGCUCAUGGCCAUAGUCACCGCUUUAAGUCUGGCAGGGAGCCUCGUCUUCACUGCUAUAAUUGUGUAAGUCAUGACAUAUGA